CAGGCAAUGCGUGACUUGCUACCUAAGCUGUGGCAAAGCUCACCUUCUUUCAUGGAAAUCAGCACUUUGUGAGAGCUAUCUCCUGAGCUAGUGAGACGAUAUUCUACAAAUCAGCCAUGAAUCUGUUGCUAGCAUUAGGCACUCUGGCAUGGAUUCUUUUGUCAGCCAUCAGAGCACAGCCCAUGUAUGACGCAUUUGAUGAUGUUGUUGUCUUGAAUCCAAGCAACUUUGACCAAAAAGUUCUUCAAAGUCGGUCAAUAUGGCUAGUUGAAUUCUAUGCCCCUUGGUGCAAGUUCUGCCGGAAUCUGGCCCCGGAAUGGAAAAGGGUGGCAGCAGCACUAAAGGGCAUUAUAAAAGUAGGAGCUGUUAAUUCAGAAAAGCAUCAUGACCUAAGUGAGCGCUUCGGUGUGAAGACCAUCCCAACCAUCAAAGUAUUUGGUCCUAACAAGAAUGAGCCUGCUGAUUUUAACCAAGCUUUGCCCACAGAAGCCAAGACAGCACAUGACAUCAUUGAUCAUGCCAUGAGCAUUAUAGGAUCCCUGGCUAAAGGGAAGCUAUGGAACCCCAAAGCCCCUGAACCCACGCCAGUUGAUACAGGCAAAGAGAAUACAGAUGUCAUUGAACUGACUGAUGCUACCUUUAAUCAGCAUGUGUUGGACAGUGAUGAAAUUUGGAUGGUCGAAUUCUAUGCCCCAUGGUGUGAGCACUGCCAAAAGCUUGCACCUGAGUGGGCAGCAACGGCAACUGAUGUCAAGGAACGGACCCAAGGCAAGGUGAAACUGGGAGCCGUGGAUGCUACAGUCAAUGUCAAACUGGCUAGAAAAUAUGAUAUUCAAGGUUUCCCAGUCAUUAAGACAUUCUUGAAGGAAACACCUGUUGAGUUUAAGGGAAAAAAGACCAAAUCUGAACUACUUACUCAUGCUGUGGAGCUGAUGGAAGAGAGUGAACGUCCAGCACCAGUUCUAGAGCUUCUGGAUGAAGAUACCCUAAUAACAGCCUGUGACAACAACCUCAUGUGUAUCUUUGCUGUGCUGCCGCCUCCCAUAAUCUCAAAGGUCCAUGAAAGACAUGAGUGCAUUAAUGCCCUGAAAAUUCUGGCUAGAAAGUUCAAAAAGAAGGACUGGGGAUGGCUAUGGACUGAAGAAGGCUUGCAGCCAGAACUUCAGGAAUCACUAGGAAUACGAGCAGUGAAAAACCCAGCAGUGGUAGCUGUGCACAACAAACGGAUGAUCUACUACAAAUUGGAGGACCCCUUCCAUGUAAACAGCGUUACAAACUUCCUCCGAGAGGUUGCUGCUGAACGGGGCACAGUCUACAAUGUAAAGAAUGACAAAUAUCCAAAAAUGCGUACAGUGGCUCCAUGGGAUGGCACAGCUAAAGUGCUAUCCAUAAUCGACCCAAAUGAAAAUGACGCAGACAGGGAUGAAUUUUAGUAUGUCUUAAAAUACUGUUUUUUCUUGGGGAUGCCCACGAAUACGCUACAUUUGGAAGAGGUAAAGAAUCAACAUUUGUUUUACCAUAAGCUUCGACCUCAGCCUCAUCCUUUUCAGGAAGAAGUACAAAUUGCUCUGACAACAUCAUGUGACGUUAUGACAGACUAAUAUCGUAUAAAAAGAAAGCACUAAAGGAGCAGUUUAGCGAAAAUACUGGAUUAUCAUGCUUGAUAACUUUCUUUCUAGAAAAUUAUUGAUUAUUAAUUCUUUUAUUUUAUAAUGUAAGUAGUACGUACUAUACAAAUAAAACCUUCAUUUGCAGGUAUCAAGAACUAGACUAGGAAAAUAAUGUAAAUAAUAUACAGUGACAUAUAUGAAGCAAAAUGUUUGUUUACUGUAGUGUGUAUACAAUCUUUAUACAUAUUCUGGAAAUUUUCACUUUGUUCAGCUUACUAUAUUUAGUCUGCCAUAUGUCUAGUGGCUGCUUAUGACUAAAUAUUUUACUAAUAUAUUUAUGUAAACGUCUACCAAUUGUUACCUGUGCAGAUGCUUAAAUGUUGUGUUAACUGAUUAUUCCCUCUGUAUUAUAAUGUUAACGUAUAAGAAGUUUGCUAUUUAUUAAAUAAAUGUGGGUUACUUUGUGCAAAAACUGAUUAUCACCCGAAGAGUCUGCUUACAAGGUAAACAAAAUGAAGUAAAAUAAUAAAAUUUAAA